GGCCACUCUUGACAGGACUGAGCACCUCCAUGUUCAACCUACUUCUAGGAAGUGAUGAGCCAGCCAUCACAGACAUGAGAGACUGCCCAGACCAAGAUAUAAUCGAUAUUGUUUCUCUGCUUGAAGAGCCACGGAAUCUAACAGAUGUGGAACGAUACAAAGUGAAUGAUCUUGCUUUUAGCUGGGACUUGCCAACAUUAACUACAGAAAACCGGAAGUGGCUUGCAGAAACCAUUCUUCAACAUGCGGUUAUUGGUCGUAGAGAGAAGCAGAUGAAACAAAUCAAACGGGGUCUGAAGGACACUGGGGUCCUGCUCAUGAUAAAGGAACGCCCUUCUCUCAUUACAGUGCUGUUCCCAAGAGCUGUUGACAGAAUCAUCCUUCCUGAAAUGGUUUUAGAAAGAGUUAUAUGGCCAAUGACGCAGAAUGAGGACGACGAGGAGGAUGAAGAUGAGGAUGAUCAAGAGGUUCCUCUGGAGUUGAAAUGCCAGAUGGCAUCGUACCUCAGGAUGUACAUUGAAAAUGCUACAGCAUUGGAUAUUGAGCAGCUUGUUACAUUUUGGGUGGGUUGGGCAAUCCUCCCACAACAUCUCUAUGUGGAGGUGUCUAACUCCAUUAAAAUGCCCACUGCAUUCACAUGCACAGAGAAAAUAAAUCUGCCUUCUCACUACACUAACUAUAUGGACUUUCAGGCGGACUUAAAAGCAGCCAUGUCCACAAGUGAAAGUGGAUUUGGAUUAAUUUAA